AUGGCUUACAAGGUACUGGUGCUAGCGUCGCUGGUGGGCGUGGCGUGCGGUGGCAUCAUCGGGGGACACGGGGUUCUGACGGCGGGACCGCCGCUCGCCGUCGUGGCCAGAGGCCCCGCGCCGGUGGUGAAGGCCGUGGCGGGCACCGACACCGACUUCGACCCCAGCCCGCAGUACAGCUACGCGUACGACAUCGCCGACUCGCUGACCGGCGACAACAAGGGCCAGCAGGAGACGCGCGACGGCGACGUGGUGCAGGGCAGCUACACGCUGCUCGAGGCGGACGGCUCGCGCCGCACCGUCGAGUACACGGCGGACCCCGUCAACGGCUUCAACGCCGUCGUGCACCGCGAGGCGGCCGUGGUAGGCGGCAAGGCGGUGGUCGGCCCGCCAGCGGGGGUGCAAAAGCAGGUCGGCCCCUUCGGCGUCGCCAAGGUGCCCGCCGCCGUCGGCUUCGCGCCGCUCCACACCCAGGCCUACAUCGACCCACCCGGGUCCAGAGAAGCCAACAGUCAGUUCACAUCCACCACAAUGGCAGUCACGCUGUUGGUCCUGGCCGGAGCGCUGUCCGUGGCGAGCGCGGGUCUGCUGGGAGCCCCCGCCGUCGUGGCACCCGGGGCGCCGCUCGCCGCCCACGCUUACGCCGCCCCCGCCUACGCCGCCCCCGCCUACGCCGCCCCCGCCUACGCCGCCCCGGCCGUCGCCGUCGCCCGCGCCGCGCCCGUCGUCGCCAAGGCUGCCGUCGUCGACGACUACGACCCGAAUCCUCAGUACAGCUACGCGUACGACAUCCAGGACGCGCUGACCGGCGACUCCAAGGGCCAGCAGGAGACCCGCAACGGCGACGUGGUGCAGGGCAGCUACAGCCUGGUCGAACCUGACGGCUCCCGCCGCACCGUCGAGUACACGGCCGACCCCGUCAACGGUUUCAACGCCGUCGUGCACCGCGAGCCCGUGGUGGCCGCCAAGGCUGUCGUCGCCGCCCCCGCCGUCGCCAAGGUGGCCGCCCCCGUCGCCUACGCCGCCCCUGCGUACGCCGCCCCUGCCGCCUACGCUGCUCCCCUGCACACCAAGGCCAUCCUCGGCUAA